ACGCAUAUCAGCAUUCAGCAGGUUGGUCAGUCCGGGUCAGUCAGCUGGGAUGUGCAGCCGAAAGCAAAAAAAGUGACACGCAAACAAUUUUUAUUAUUAAUUAAUUUAUUAUUUAUUUAAAUCAACCAAACUAAAACUGUAAAAAAAAUUCUGGAAAAAGUGCAUUUUCAUCCACUCAAAGUUCUCUACACAUCCGGUAUUAAGGUCUGCAUAAAGGGAUUGUUCGUAUCUAUUGGGACUGUCCUUGAUAUUUGCAAAAAAAAAACUUUCCACUUUUUGUGAAAAUUGAAGAAAUUGAAUAAUGACUGAACGGAAGGAUUCGCAGAUGUCCCCUCAGGAUCGUGAGCGCGAUAGAGAUCGCAGCCGGCGUCAAAGUCGCUUUUCGGAUGCAAAUUCCGGGGGCGAUGCCAAUGACCGGGACCGGAGUCGUGAGCGCAGAAGUGAAUCUAAUCGCAUUUAUGUGUCCAACAUUCCGUACGAGUAUCGCUGGCAGGAUCUUAGGGAUCUCUGCCAAGACAUUGUGGGGGAUGUGAAUUUCGUUGAGCUUUUUAAUGAUGAGAAUAGUAAGCCGCGUGGGUGCGGUAUCGUGGAAUUCAAGACUAACGACUGUGUGUCCAAGGCUCUAAAGAAGCUCAAUCAGUAUGAGAUUAGCGGUAGGCACUUGAUAGUCAAGGAGGACUACGGGGAUGAGCGUGAUGAGUAUGGGCGGGUCGUUCGUCCGGGUGGUAGUGUCAGCAAAAGCGGCACCGCAAGAGGCGGAGAUGGUGGCGGAAACGAUCAUCAUCGAGAUCGUGACAAUGACAGACCUCGUCACAGUAGCAGCCACGGCAACAAUUACGACGGGUCCUACAACACGUAUGGAUUGAGCACGUCUUUCUUGGAAGGUUUGGGAAUAUUUGGACCUCUCCAUACUAAAGUCUUUGUUACCAAUUUGGACGACAAGGUUGACGGGAAGAAAUUGGAGCAGGUGUUCAAGCUCGCUGGUCGCGUUGUAAGUGUUGAUUUGUCAAAAGAUGAAGAUGGUAACAGUCGUGGUUUUGCUGUUGUCGAAUACGAUCAUCCUGUUGAAGCGGUCCAGGCUAUUUCCAUGUUGGAUCACCAGAUGUUGUAUGGUCGUAAGAUGACUGUUCGCUUGGAUCGUAUACCGGAUAAGAAUGAGACUAUCAAAUUGCCCGAAGGUCUCGAGGGUCUUGGGAUUGGUUUGGGUUUCAAUGGGGAACCACUGCGGGAUGUUGCGAGGAAUUUUCCAAGUUUGCAGCAGGAGCAGAAUCAGUUGCAACAAAAUAAUCUUUCGGUACCCGUUACACCGCCAAAUAGUCUCAAUGGGCCUUCGUACAGGUUCCUGUGUCUAGUAAUAAUUUCAGUAGUUUCAACUCGAAUGUUGAGUUAUCUGUUAGAUCUGUCAAAAUUUGCUGCCACCUUGUGAGCUCUAUUACCUAUUUUUCACUUUUACGAGUUUCUUUCAAGUAUUAAAUAAAGUGCUUUGAAUCUUAUUCCACGGGAGGAUACAAGCCAGCGUGUCGGGUCAUUCUGCGUGGAGCUUCUGCUCGAGGAGUUUGACGAAGCUCUUCAACCGGAAUUCUGGGAGUCCGGGAUACUCGUUAAAGAGUUUCUUUUUCGAGCCAGAGAAAGGGACUGUUUAAUGAUUAAACAGAGAAAUGAAGAGCAAGAAGCAGAGCUUUUCUUUCACAUUUUACACUAUAGAGAUAUAAUCUGAUUACACAAUCUUAUAGUUAAUAAUAAUUAGUAUACAGAGUUAAAUUUAUUCAAAACUUAUAUAAUAAAACACUUUAAGUUGGAACAGUA